AGGUCCAGCGACGGUCACACUGGCAGUGGCCGUCAAACCGUGGUUCUUCUUCAUUAUUAUAUAAUUAAAACCAAUGCGAAUCGAAACCAAAACAAACCAGCACAAUUCCCGUGUGUGAGUAGUUACAAUGGUAACGCGGUGACAAAUGCGCACUACUCCACACGCCCGAAUUAAAGAUAGGACAGCAGCAAGAUGAAAGACGAUGGAGCACCAAACGUCGCGAAAACCACCGACCCACCGCCCCCCAAAAGGUUUCCAUCCGGAAGACCCCACAGCUACGGAGACGGGGAUGCGGGGAAACUGUUGCAUGGCAGCGUUUUCUCGGAGCGAUUCUUCGGCUCCUUUCAGUGGGAGGAGUUCGCCUGCGGAUGCGGCGCUGCCUUUGUCAACAUCGCGGUCACCUAUCCCAUCUACAAAAUGAUCUUCAGGCAGAUGCUGCACGGAGUGCCCAUCACCUCGGCCUUUGCGCAGCUGCGUCACGAGGGACUGGGCUUUCUGUACCGCGGAAUGCUCCCGCCGCUCGCCCAGAAGACCAUCUCCCUGUCUAUUAUGUUCGGGGUGUUUGAUGGGACGAGGAGGUACCUCGUGGAGGACUACCGCCUGAACGACUACGGGGCCAAGGUGAUAGCGGGUGUGGUCGCCGGUAGCGCCGAGUCCAUUCUCCUGCCCUUCGAACGGGUGCAAACCCUCUUGGCGGACUCCAAGUUCCAUCAGCACUUCUCCAACACACCAAACGCAUUCAGGUAUGUGGUAUCCCACCACGGCUACCGGGAGCUCUACAGGGGACUUGAACCAGUAUUUUGGCGCAACGGCCUGUCCAACGCGUUAUUCUUUGUGCUGCGAGAGGAGGCCAGCGGGCGGCUGCCUAAGAGAAAAUCCGUGUCCACCCGAACGGCCCAGGAGUUCGUAGCAGGCGCCGUGAUCGGGGCGAGCAUAAGCACAAUAUUCUAUCCGCUCAACGUGAUCAAGGUGUCGCUGCAGAGUGAGAUGGGCCAGCGGUCAGAGGGCAGCUGGCAGGCGUGCAAGCGAAUUUACGUAGAGCGCGAUCGCCGCAUCGGGAACUUCUACCGCGGAUGCGCCUUCAACACAGGCCGCUCCUUCAUCAGCUGGGGCAUCAUGAACACGGCGUACGAAAACCUAAAGAAAGUGAUGCAGCAGCAGCCCCAGUUGCCACUGGCCUCGGAGUAAAUGCGACGUUUCGGGAGUAGAACUAGAGUAAACUUAGCUGAUUGUACACAAACGGUUACUUCUGCCUUUAGCUAGCCAAUUAUUUCGUUCGAUUUAAGUCUCGUGUAAGUCGCUUGUGUUGCGAUGCUGAAUUCUAGGUGUUAAUGUACAUACACACAUCCUAAUCGGAGAGCGCCAGCUCCUCCUCCUCAUAUCUGUAUAUCUAUUCAAUUCGCCCCGCGGAUGCCAAGUACAAUACAACGUGAGCAUUUAAAGGUACCCAAUCUACGAGUUACGGUUUAGUUAGCUACUAUUCGAGUACGUGUAAAUAAUACUAGAUGAUGUGCGAUAUAAUACGAGUGUGUUGUUUGUUCGCUAAUGACUUUGUGAUUCAUUGAAGAUUGAAGAUACUAAAACUGAUUAAUUUACGCGGUAAAUUCAAUGUUCUUAAACGAAAAUAAAAGUGUAUUUGUAAUUACGAA